GACAGAUUGAUUCACUUUGGAACUAUAAGUACUGGUGUACUGAGAUUAGGGUGCUGCAAUCAUUAUCCCUUGACGAACACAGAGCCCCAAAAUGAAUGUCCAAGAACAGGGUUUCCCCUUGGACCUUGGGGGGAGCUUCACUGAAGAUGCUCCCAGGCCCCCAGUUCCUGGUGAGGAAGGUGAACUGGUUUCCACAGAUCCCAGGCCAGUCAGCCACAGCUUUUAUUUUGGGAAAGGCGAUGGGAUUAAAAGUGAAACUUCCAUGGCCACCCCGAGGCGAUCAGAUCUGGAUUUGGGGUAUGAGCCUGAAGGAAGUGCCUCACCUACACCCCCAUAUUUGAAAUGGGCUGAAUCAUUGCAUUCUUUGCUGGAUGAUCAAGAUGGAAUAAAUCUAUUUAGGACUUUCUUGAAGCAAGAAGACUCUGCAGAUUUGCUAGACUUCUGGUUUGCCUGCAGUGGCUUUAGGAAAUUGGAGCCCUGUGACUCCAAUGAAGAAAAGAGGCUUAAGUUGGCAAAAGCUAUUUACAGAAAAUAUAUUCUUGAUAAUAAUGGGAUCGUUUCUCGUCAAACUAAACCAGCUACAAAGAGCUUCAUAAAAGAUUGCAUCAUGAAACAGCACAUUGAUCCUGCCAUGUUUGACCAGGCCCAAACUGAGGUCCAAUCCAUGAUGGAGGAUAACACCUACCCCUUGUUCCUUAAAUCAGAUAUUUAUUUGGAAUACACGAGGACGGGUUUGGAAAGCCCUAAAAUCUUUAGUGAUCAGAGCCCUGGGUCAGGGACAGGGAAAGGUAUACCUGGAUAUUUGCCCACUUUGAAUGAGGAUGAGGAAUGGAAGUGUGACCAAGACACAGAAGAAGAUAAUGGCAGAGAUUCAGCUCCAUCUAGCAGGCUAACUCAGAAGUUACUCAUGGAAACAGCACCCCAACGGGCCUCAUCAAAUAGGAGAUACAAUGAAAGCAGAGAAUUCAGGCAUGGUUCAUGGAGGGAACCUGUCAACCCUUACUAUGUCAAUUCUGGUUAUGCCCUAGCACCAGCCACCAGUGCUAAUGACAGCGAACAGCAGAGUAUGUCUAGCGAUGCCGACACAAUGUCCCUCACUGACAGCAGUGUAGAUGGAGUACCACCUUAUAGAACCCGAAAGCAACAUCGAAGAGAGAUGCAGGAAAGCGUCAAAGCCAAUGGACGGGUACCACUACCUCACAUUCCUCGCACUUACCGAAUGCCAAAGGAAAUCCGUGUUGAACCACAAAAGUUUGCAGCGGAGCUUAUCAAUCGCUUGGAGGCUGUCCAGCGGACGCGAGAAGCAGAGGAGAAAUUAGAGGAGCGUCUAAAACGUGUCCGAGCAGAAGAAGAAGGUGAGGAUGCAAACAUCUCUUCUGGUCCUUCAGUAGUUAGUCACAAGCUGCCUUCUGCGCAGACCUUGCACCAUUUCCCUCCCCGUUAUGCAGAAAUGGGCUGCACUGGGAUCCGAGAUGUCCACGAGGAAAAUCCUGAGAGCAUCCUUGAUGAGCAUGUACAGAGGGUCAUGAAGACGCCAGGUUGCCAGUCCCCAGGACCUGGCCACCAUUCCCCAAAGCCACGCUCCCCAGACAAUGGUCAUGCAGCUAAGAUUCCAGGGACACUGGGUUCAGGACCUCCUGGGCAUAGCAAGCACAGUACAAAAUCAGGAAUGAAACUAGAUGCAGCUAAUUUAUACCAUCACAAACAUGUCUACCACCAUAUUCAUCACCACAGUGUGAUGAAACCAAAAGAGCAGAUUGAGGCUGAAGCCACUCAGAGGGUUCAGAACAGCUUUGCUUGGAAUUCAGAGUCACAUAACUAUGCAACCAAAUCUCGAAAUUAUAAUGAAAGCAUGGGGCUAACUUCAAAUCCAGUGGAUGGAUUGGGCUACAGUGGCAAAACCAGUAUGCUCUCAAAAAGAAUUUCAAAGAAGGCUGAUUCAGGGAAAAGUGCUGGUCCCAACUAUGAAAUGCCUGGGUCUCCAGAAGAUGUGGAAAAGAACCAGAAAAUCAUGCAGUGGAUAAUAGAAGGAGAAAAGGAAAUCAGCAGGCAUAAAAAAACUAACCAUGGGUCUUCAGGGACUAAGAAGCAGCUGGGCCAUGAUAGUUCCAGACCCCUUUCCAUUGAGCGUCCUGGUGCUGUUCAUCCGUGGGUGAGCGCUCAGCUCCGAAAUGUUGUCCAACCUUCUCAUCUUUUCAUCCAAGACCCCACAAUGCCACCUAACCCAGCCCCAAACCCCCUGACUCAGCUGGAGGAAGCCCGAAGGCGCCUGGAAGAAGAAGAGAAAAGAGCUGGAAAACUCCCUACCAAGCAGAGGUAUGUGCAAGAGGUUAUCCAGCGGGGUCGUUCUUCUGUCAGGCCAGCUUGUAUGCCAAUGCUGAAUGUGGUACCAGCUGUCUCCGACAUGGACCUCUCCGAGUCUGAGGCAAAGCUACAAAAGAAACUGGGGAAUAGCAGUGCUCCACCAUGCGAUACCAUUGUGGUAGCUUACUACUUCUGUGGAGAGCCAAUCCCUUACAGGACCUUGGUCAAGGGGCGUGUGGUCACCCUGGGUCAAUUCAAAGAGCUCCUGACCAAGAAAGGAAACUACAGAUACUACUUCAAGAAAGUGAGUGAUGAAUUUGACUGUGGGGUAGUGUUUGAGGAAGUUCGAGAAGAUGAUGCCAUCUUGCCCAUUUUUGAAGAGAAGAUCAUUGGGAAAGUGGAGAAAGUGGAUUAAUCCCCUAGACUUCCCAUCUCCCACACUCUUCCAGGUUGGGCACCACUGCCGAGGGAUUCAGAAACAGAGAGCAGUGCCAGACUAGCAGCAUCCUGCUCAGCUCUCUAUCCCAAAGGGCAUCACACAGGCCCCAUAGGGUUGUAACCUCCUGUGGACCCUCCCCAGUCGGCAUUGUCCACCAGGGGUUGAGGAUUCCCCUUUGAGAACUUGCCUACAUGCAAAAUAUUCUAUGUAAUGUAGUGUUGUACAGUUGUACUAGAAAGUAUAUGACCUUGUUUACUAAAGCUCAUAUUUUUGAUAUAUUGUAAUAAAGGAAGAUAUUUCCAGUGUCA